GUGAGGUCGGUUCACAUGGACUCUGCCCAUCAUCAACAUCAACAGCCCUGCUUUGGAGACAGGAAUAACAACAACAAGGGCCUAGCAAACUCGGUAAGGCAGACUUUGGGUUUGAAUACGGUUGCUAUGGUAACGUCAACUCCCCUUUGUCGCUGGCCGCCAUCUUGGGUGCGGACCACAGCCAAUCGGGAACGAGAGGGGCGGGGAUUUGGAAGCGAAGGGGGCGGGGAGAGGGGCGGGGCGGUUACAUCUUGUGAGGAGAAGAGCCCUCCGGGUUUUUGGAGGAGGAGAAGCAGCAGCAGGAGCACCUCAGGAGCCGGAGCUAUGUUCGGGAGUCUGUCCAGAGUCUUCGAGGAGGACCCCUUCUUUCGGGAUCCAUUUGCUGCACAUAAUGAACAUGUACGUCGAUUCUUUUCUGAACCCUUUGGGCGUGAUCCAUUUCUUGCUAUUAAAAAUGGUGGAGAAAGAAGCAUAGAUCACAGAGGACGUCCAGAUUCUCAGGUUGCUUUGAGAAACAAUCACAAGGCAAUGAGCUGUUCCCUUAUGCCUUUUGGCAGUUUUGGUGCCAUGACCAUGAAUUUCCCACUAAUGCCCUUUGGCUGUUCUGUUGGCAUGAACAUGGAUUUCAGGGAUCCUUUCUCUGCAAUGGAUAGAAUGAUGUCAAAUAUGAGAAACAGCAUGUUGGAAUUGCAAAGAAAUUUUGAUAAAAUGGCAGUUGAUCAGAAUGCCCACACUUUCAGUUCUUCUUCAGUGAUGACCUAUUCAAAAAAGGGUGAUGAACCUCCAAAGAUUUUCCAGGCUUCUGCUCAGACCCGUAUGGCUCCAGGAGGCAUUAAAGAAACCAGAAAGGCACUUAAAGAUUCUGAAAGUGGGCUUGAAAAAAUGGCUAUUGGUCAUCACAUUCAGGAUCGAGGUCAUGUAAUUCAAAAGGAAAAGAACAACAAAACUGGCAAUGAAGAACUCAAUCAAGAAUUUAUCAAUUUAGAUGAGACUGAAGCUCAAGCAUUUGAUGAUCAAUGGCAAAAGGAAAUUGUGAAGUUCAAGCCCUCUCUAGGAAGAAACAACAGAAAUGUGACAAGACACCGAAGUAUUCAGCAUUUAGGCAAAGAAGAUGCAGUAAGAAGGGAGAAGACUCACCCAAGAACACCCAUAGAGGGAUCGAGGAGGCAACAAUCUUCUGCGGAGAAGCUCAGUGUCAAGGGUUCACACGUUCCUCUCAAAGCCAGCAAAAAAUAAAUGGCUGCGUUGUUUUCUUGUUACUAAUCUGGCUGUGUGUUUUUGGGAGGACACAAUCAUUCUGGAUCAAUGAAUAAGACCAAGCUUACUCUUCUUAGAAGUAGUGAUUUUGCUCUUUGACUCCCAGGUGUUCAAUGACAGCUCUCAGCAGUUUGAUAACACUCGCUUUUGACCAGUAAAGGAAAAACACUUGAUACUGAAAAGCACUUUAUGGAGUUCUCUCUGUUAUGAGGUAGAUUGUUAAAGCAUAUGGUUUUUACUGACAACAAUGGCUCUAUUAUGUUUGAAGACAAAGUGAUAAUUGCAACUAUAUAUGGAAAGUUUCAAAGGAGCACAGGUAGUAAACUGCUGUUUGUAAUGGAAGCAAUGCGGGUUUUGUUUUGGUGAAGAGUUAGUCAAGAUCUAAAACAUUAUAAAGAAAAUCACUUGAAAUUAAUUUACUGAAUAGCAGGUGUAUUAAACUACAGACAUUGAUAGACUUGCAAAAAAUGCAUAGAUUUGCAUGUUGUUAGCAGUAUCUUAGUUUUGUGUAUUUCCCAACAUAGCCACCCUCUUAAGUUGUUGGUUAUUCUGUUACUAUAAUUCAGUUCUGCUGUUCUCCUUGCUGAGUGUAGGUAGCAUUUCCUAUAACAAUAAACCAUUGUCCUACCCUUGAACAAGCUGUGACUUGUUUUGGCAGGUGGGUGUCAAGAGUCACAUUAGAGAUAUAAUUAAUAGACAUCCUAGUGAAGCAAAAGCUUUUUUCAGCUAUUCUGUAUAAAGGAUAACAUGUCAUGGGCUUUUAAGAUGAAAGGUUAUUUAAUAAUAUCCUAGUAGUUCACUCCAUUUCUAUAAAAUAUCUGAUAGUUUUUCUGAAUAAAUUUCCAAUACGCAUAGCAUCAACAUUGAGUGUUAUUUGACAGUGUACACAGAUUAUUUUAGUUCUCCUCCUUGUUACGUUUUGCCUCUAUCUUCAGGAUUUCUGUUUCCUUAUGAUUAAUUGUUUUGUCCCCAGUAUGGGCUAGUUCAUUAGAAAGUUGUGGGUUAGAAAUAUAGGGACUGUUAAUGAUCUGGGAGGCAUUUUGUCUUGCAAAUCCCCAAAAUGCUUGCAAUAAAAGUGAAUUUAGGAAAGAUUAAAUGUAUGCUUUCUUAGUAAAAAUUCACAUUUUCUGGAUGUUGCCUUCAUGAUGCGCUUAUUUGUAAGAGAUAGCAAUUAAAAAUAUUUUAAUGCGAGAUCAUAUGCAACCUGUAUUUGUGUUACCUAUAAAUGCACCAGAUUAAGUAAAUUAAUUGGCUCUGCAAGUUAGCUCAAGGCUUCUCAGUUCAAACUUUGUCUUUCUAUAGAAACAAUCUUGCUGAAGUUGGAACUUUUAGUGCUUCAAUUUAUUUAUGUUAGGAUAGCUAACAAAAUAUCUGGUAUGUAAAAAGUAGAGGAUCUGUACAAUUUAAUCCUUCCAAUAAAAGAAAGUAAUCGUUUCUAUGCUUUUUAAAGCCGCACAGGACAGAAAUGUAUAUCUUUGCAUAUUUUUCUUGCAGCUGCAUAAUUACAGACUAAUACUGUAUGAAUAUGUUAAUACAUCAAUUCUCAUAGUAAAUGAAAAGUUCACUUGCCACUUUUUGUUAAUAAAGAACUGUUCAACAGAA